AAUCCUACGGCCAUAAAAGAACCCUGAAAUGUACGCAGUAACUUAUAAUCUACUAUUUUGAGGUUUUCGUGCCCAAUCCUCUCGUUGCGACUAAUGGACGCGAAUGUCGCAAAGCUUGGUGGCUCUCUUCCGGUCCCAAAUGUGCAAGAAUUGGUAAAAGAGGGCAUAACUGAAGUCCCGCCGCGGUAUGUCUGUACCGACCAAGAUCAUCCGUUCAUGCAUGGUGAUCAUGUGACUUCUUUGCUUCAAGUACCAGUAAUUGAUCUGAACAAGCAAUUGUCCAGCAAUGGCGAUUUGAUGGAGUUCGAGCUUGAAAAGUUGCACCUUGCAUGCAGCGAUUGGGGAUUCUUCCAGUUGAUAAACCAUGGGGUGAGUGGUUCACUGGUGGAGGAGGUGAAGUUGGGGAUUCAAGAGUUCUUUAAGCUUCCAAUGGAGGAGAAGAGGAAGUUCUGGCAAGAAGAAGGAGACUUGGAGGGUUUUGGGCAGGCGUUUGUUGUGUCGGAGGAGCAGAAGCUUGAUUGGGGUGACCUCUUUUACAUGGUGUCCCUCCCCAGAUGUUUAAGAAAACCUCACCUUUUUCCCAUGCUUCCUUCUCCCUUCAGAGAUGUCUUGGAUGAUUACUCCUCGGCGCUCCGAGGCCUUGCGAUGAAGGUUCUCCUUCUCAUGGCAAAAGCUCUGAAGAUGGACACCAGCGAGAUGAUAGAACUAUUUGAUGAGGGCUUCCAAGCCUUUAGGAUGAACUAUUACCCUCCAUGCCCGCGACCCGAGCUGGUCAUCGGCCUCACGCCUCACUCAGACGCCGUAGGUCUCACCAUUCUUCUCCAAGUCAAUGAAAUGGAAGGUCUCGAAAUACGGAAAGAGGGAAAGUGGAUUCCUGUCAAGCCCCUUCCCAAUGCUUUCGUCGUCAAUGUGGGAGACAUUUUGGAGAUCGUGACGAAUGGUACUUAUCGCAGCAUUGAGCACCGGGCAACAGUUAACUCGAUGAAGGAGAGGCUCUCCAUUGCCACAUUUCAUAACCCAAAAUUGAAAGGGGAAAUCGGUCCUGCACCAAGCUUGAUCGCACCGGACAAGCCAGCACUGUUCAAGAGGAUAGGCUUGGUCGAUUACAUGAGGGAACUCUUCUCUCGUGAGCUUCAGGGGAAGUCGUAUCUUGACGUUAUGAGGAUGCCGCAAGGUGAGAAAAAUAAUGGGAAUUGAACUUGACUAUUGAGAAACCAAA